GCCUCAACUUUGAGCAGUUCACUUCAAGCAGGCAGUCCCAUAGACUGAGGCGAGUAAAGAACGACAGUUAGGGAAGUUCGGUUUUGUUGUUUAAAAAACGACAUUGUGAUUUUUUUAAAUACUAGUUUGCCUGAUAAUUGCUCAGAUGGGGAACCGAGUCGCCCGUGAAGACUACGAAUGGGUAUACACGGACCAGCCGCAUGCUGACAGGAGAAAAGAGAUUCUGGCUAAAUAUCCUGAAAUCAAAUCGCUGAUGGGUCCUGACGUCAGGCUGAAAUGGAUUGUGUGCAUGAUGGUGGCAGUACAGUUUUUAGCUUUGUACCUGGUCAAAGACUUGGACUGGAAAUGGGUUUUGUUUUGGACUUAUGCAUUUGGCAGCUGUAUCAACCAUUCGAUGACCCUUGCUAUUCAUGAGAUCUCCCACAAUACUGCCUUUGGAAACAACAAGGCUAUAUGGAACCGCUACUUUGCCAUGUUUGCCAACCUGCCAAUUGGCCUGCCCUACUCUGCGUCCUUCAAACGCUAUCACCUGGACCAUCACCGCUACCUCGGUGGAGAUGGUAUUGAUGUAGACAUUCCAACAGAAUUUGAAGGCUGGUUCUUCUGCACACGCUUUCGCAAGUUUAUCUGGAUUAUUCUGCAACCCCUGUUCUAUGCUGUCCGCCCCCUCUGCAUCAACCCCAAACCCAUCACUCAAUUAGAGGUGACCAAUGUGGCCUUUCAGCUCACAUUUGACAUUCUGCUCUACUGGAUGUGGGGAGCCAAGCCUUUGGUCUACAUGCUAGCUGGAUCCAUGCUGGGAAUGGGAUUGCACCCCAUCUCCGGCCACUUCAUAGCUGAGCAUUAUAUGUUCCUCAAGGGUCAUGAGACCUACUCCUACUAUGGCUCCCUCAACUUGCUUACAUUCAAUGUGGGCUACCACAAUGAGCACCAUGACUUCCCCAGCAUUCCAGGACGAAGGCUACCCAUGGUGAAGAAAAUAGCAGCAGAGUAUUACAAUGACCUUCCUCAAUAUACAUCUUGGGUGAAGGUCCUGUAUGAUUUCAUCAUGGAUGAUACUUUGAGCCCAUACUCUCGAAUCAAGAGGAAACUGAAAGAAGAUGUGAAACAAGAGUAAAUGAAAACGUCGAUGAAACAAAGCUGCAUUGUCCACUACCUUUACCCAUUAUUCUACAAACUAAUUGACAACUAAUAUGAUCAAUGUAUGAGUAACCAUGGCUUUAACAUGUGGAUGUUACUCCCACCUAGACCUGGCAGCCCCAUCCUUUAGCAAUGACACUCCUUGAUGACAGCAUCCCCAUCUCCAUCCUCAGCAGGAUGCAGUCUGACUUACAAAAAUGGUUUAGGUAAAAAACAUGAAAAACAUCACAAGGUGUUGACAUGGCCUCUAACUUUCCUAGAUCUCAAACUGCUUAAGUGUCUGUGUCAUGAAACAAGCCGACACGAGGAUUGUUAGCAAAUAUAUAUAUAUAUAUCACCUGACUUUAAAUACUACUAUCCUGUCAUAACUAAACUGCAGUGGUAAACCAGAAACUGAGACACUUUUCUGCAUCUUAAAUAUUUGAAUUGUAUCUGACUAGUAAUAACCAAUGUAACCAAUCUGACCAAUCUAAGAAGUCUUUAUGCAGCUAGCCACAGAAAUGACUAAGACUGAACAAACAAACAACAACAAAAAAAUACUUGUUGAUUUUUCAGUUUACUCCUGUAUACACACUGAGUCACCAUUUCCAGUUUGUUGUGUAAUGUGUCAUACAGAUUAAUUGUAUACAACUGAAUUAACAAGGUCAAUUACACAAAAUAAUGUUGUUAUUGUUGAAGUGGACCAAAGCUGUAAGAUCCCCCUAUAUGACAUGGGUUUGUUGCAAGAUAUGCUUUGCUUUUUAACAUGCAUUACUUAAAUGUACAUAACACAUUAUACAACUUGUGACUAUAGCAGAAAGACGUUGUGCUAUAUGUGAAAUAAAAUAUCAUAAUUAGAGUUGUAUUUUCAGUUUUGUAAUUGUGGUCUUAAUUUCACUUUGAUGAAUUUAUUCACUUGAAAAAAAUCAUGAAAAACUGUGUGUUUAGUUAAACAUUAAAAUCUCCCAGCUUUAUACUUCUA